CCUCCGUGUACGCAGUGCAACAGGCGACAUUUUGUUUGACACAUCAAGUUAUUGCUUGCUGGCCCCUUCCUGUUGCAAUUAUUGUACGUUUUUAAUUACAUUAUUCUGAGAUCUCUGGACCUUACGACGCCAGGUGAGAGCUCUGUAAAGUUUGGAUUCACGCAAACACAAUGGAUUUGCGCUACACAUGGCCUCUUUUCUAUGGAGUAGUCCUGGCUACGUGUAUUCUUGAAGUCGGAUCACUGCAGUGUUAUGAAUGCGUUGAUAUGGAGGACUUGCCAGAGUCAACGGUAGAUUGCGAUAACCCUGGGAAGGAGCUGCUCUUAGAAUGCCUAGAGGGAACUACCCAAUGCCUGACUUUUGAAGGAGUUAUGACGAGACCAAACGGAGAGUCGCAGAGAGGUGUGGCGCGAUUGUGCGGUCCCCCGCCACAAGCAUUCCUCAACGACACAGCACGAGUCCCCGACAACAAGUGCUACUGUGACGAAGACGCGGCUUUCUGGCUGGAGGAACUCGUACCAGUCAUUGCACCUGACGACUUGACGGUAGAGGGCGGCAUUUGUUUCUGUGGCGAAAAGGGUUGCAACUACCACAACUCAACAGAGGACGCCUGUCGACGUGAUGAUGAGGUUGACGACGAUGGUAACAACACUGGUCACGAGCGGGCGCUCCUUUGGCUGGUUGUUAUGUGUGUCAGUUUGGCUGGUUACUUGGAUUAGUCGUCUAUAGCCAACUCGUUUUUUUUUCGUGAUACUUCAUGAAGCAUGAAGCAGUUUACCAAAGUCUCUGCCACUUUCUCAGCAUCUUCGAUUUACUUCUUCAUCGUGUAGUGAAAAAUUCUGUUGAAAGGUAACAAUGCAGUCUCAACUGCAUGGGCCUAUGUCUUCAAGUUUGUGUUUCAUCAAAUUCUUCCAAGGGUUGUGCUCGCCAAAACAGUUUCGUAAGUACAGGGUGAAGUAGUCCAGUUUAAAGGUGUGGAUUUCUGAAAACACUUGCUGGUCAUGGAUAACCGCGGAAGUUAUCUUUCUUUUCCGUUUUUUACUGAUAACUAUAACUGAUUCUUGUUAUUUGAAUUUCUCCAUUAUGUCAUGGCUUCUAUCACCACUUUAUCGGUACAGAGAUAUUGUCACACGCAUCAACUUAUGAAAAAGUUGGAAGAAUUUUGUGCCAUUUUCUACAUUGAAAAAAAAACAAACUUAGAAUAUGAAAUAAUCAGGGUAAAAUGGUACAUCAAUUAGUUGAGAACGUUGUUUUAUUGUAGAAAUUUUAUGCACGAAAUCAAAAUACAAAAAGUACUUCUGGGCAUUACAUACAAUCUGAUCUUCUAUCAUUCAAUGUCUUAUGUAUUGCGUAUAAUUUCGGUAGAAAAUCAGCAAACCAUCAACUGAACUAGGUAGUUAUUAAAGACGCCGAGUAUAUUGCACUGAACGCUUAAAAACGCGUUGCAUUUGCUAUAUUUAGGUAAUGUAAUCGCAUAGUUUUGUCUUUUUACAAAUAACAAUCAAGAAAAUAUGAGGAGAAGUGAUAAAAUGCUCACCUUAAAAGCAGAAUUAACUGGCAAAUCCAACCACUCAACAUAAAUUGGGUAGUAAAGUACCACUUGUUUCAAAUUAUUGAGACCAAUGUUGAUGUGGAAGGGUUGGCCGUUUUCGAGCGUGGGGAGUGGAGUUCGUGCCAUAUAUAACACAUACAAAACAUGCCUGCUAAAUAAUUCAACUCAGUGAGCAGGACUGUAUAUUUGACUACAGGAAUUUUGGACGGCAAAAUUGGAAAAAUAAUAAAUAAUAUUGAUAAAUAAAACUCCAGAUAAUGUGUCAUAUUUAAAAUUUAAACUAUCGUGAACUACACGUACAACAUUCAAAUAAGUUGAAGUUCGUUUGUUGUGUGUGACUUCCAGUGAGUGUUUUGGUUAACUCCAACAGCGACGACACUGCGGUAGUAAAAAUGAGCACAAUGUAUACAAUUUUGUUACCAAAGAUAAUCGACAAAAUGAAAGCAAGUUAAAACGGGUAAUUACAAAAUCGCAAAAUUGUAUUUCCAGUUUCAUCACUUGGAACCUCCCUACAUUGAGAAAAAUGCCGUUCUCAAAAUACAAUUUACGAAACGAAACAAUCUUUGGCAAAUCAUCAGACUUUUCAGAUUACCAAGAUUCUUAGGCCUCAAAUUAUAGAAUUACAAUAAAGGGUAAAUGUUACUGGAGACUGCUUUGUAUAAAAUCAGACGCUUUUAUUGUCAUAGUUUAUAACAAUUUCACACGGGGAAAAAAGAGAGAGAUUCAGAAGGUCACGCUCUUCCCUGGUAAAGAUGUCAGCACUGAGAAUUUUUCUUAGUAAAAUCUGUAUGUAUUAUCUCUUACACCACCGCUGUAGUCUUGAUUUGUCACAAUUUUUGUGCAUCUGCUAAUGUUUAUGGUGAUAAACAAUUUGCUUGUUUAAAAAAUUUGAACUGAUUAAAUCAGGGAACUCCCAGACCAUCA